AUGAACUCACUCUUGCUCAUCCUUGGCCUGCUAGCAGUGGGGUCGGCCACUAAUUACGGAGUCGGGGAUCGGGUUCCGUCACGUCUACCCUUCAAGACCGUGGUCAAACAAAAGGAGAGCCAUCCGGUUGCGACAUCCGCAGAGGCAGACCUACCUGAAGUCGUUCCAUCAGCAUUAAACGUCCCUGUACAAGCUCAAAAUGCAUUGCCUGCGUUACCUAUCAUGCAGCCAGCUGCAGUGCCUGUCAACGUUCCAGCCGCCCAAGACGUUCCUGCUGAAGUUCCAGCCAUCAUGCAACCUGCGGAGGAGGCGGUCGCCGUUUCGGCUGAAGUUAUCGCAGGAAGCGAACUGCCCCUGGUUUUGGAACCAGCACCAAUUCCCGUUCCUGAAUUGAAAGUUUCGGAGCAGAAUCAGAAAAAGAGACGUAGGCCAAAGCAUCAUUGGAAAAAACUCCACCAGAAGGUCCCAACGAAAGCUCCACAGCAUUCAUCAGCCGAAGCUCCCGCCACCCUUCCGUCGCCGGAACCCUCCAUCAACGUUCCAACAGCGCAGGAGGUCCCAGCGCAGCUGCCGUCUGAGCCAACUGUGGCACCUAGUGUUCUACCUUCUUUGGAGGUUACCACUUCUCCCGUGUCUCGCGAGCCAGAAGAAAAACAGGUUGCCAUUGAAGCUCCAUCUGUGCCUCCAAUGGAGCCAGCUACUGUUCCGACGACGACUGUCAAAUACGAACUAAACGAGAAAGCUGCUGAGGCAUACUGGAAGACAUUUGUCCCUCCAGUCGUAACCACUGUGCUUCCACCUGCUGAGGGCAUUCCGCCCGUGGGUUCUGGUGCUGCACCAACUCAGGACGUUCCCAUGAAAGCUCCGCUCGCGCCAGCUAACGAGGACUCCGCUGAGCAGCUGCCUACUAACGCCGAGCCAGCCGAAGAAGUCCCGACCAUGAGCCCUGCUACAGUGAAGUCAAAGCUUGCAACACUGCAAGCUAUACCAGUAACGCCCGAAUACGUACCCCUCGAACCUGGUCCGGUGGUGCUCGACGUUCCCAUCACCACUGUUACUCCAAGUACUACCACAGUCAGGUACGUACUCAACCCUGAGGCGGCCGAAAAAUACUGGGCAACUGCGAAAUUCCCUGCUCCAACCAAGGCUCCUGUCACUGUGCCGGCAGUUGUUCAGCCUGCACAAAAAGUUCCAGCUAUCUCUGAACCCACAUUAGCUCCGCCGGCAGGACCGAACCUGGCUCCACAGGAUGUUCCGGCUGUCCCCGAAACACCAUUGGUUCUGCUGCCACCUCUUGUUGAGCCAGCUCAGGAAGUACCAGCUAUAGUAGAAGUGCCGUUAGUGGUAGUGCCACCAAUUGUUCAACCAAUACAGAAUAUGCCAGCUGUCACCGAACCGGCAGUGGUUUCUUUGCCAGUGCCUGCUCCAGCCGAGGAGACGACUGUAGUUCCAGAGUCUAAGCCAAAGAAGCCACAUAAGCCAAAGCACCACGAGGAAAAACACCGUAAGGGUCCCAAAGCUGCCAAGGCAACACAGCUCCCUUCCCAAGAGCAACCCACGGUUCCUACACCAGUUGAGCCUAUCGGGUACUAG